GUGAUUUCACCAGUCAUUAUUCGUCCAAGAUUUCUAACAACCAUGCAAACAACUCUGUCUGUGAUACUGAGUGUAGCCCUUCUGGGUCUGGCUUGCGAGGGUAUUUCUUAUACUGGGGACUACUAUCCGAAAGGCAGAAAUUAUUAUCCUACACAAACACACUAUGGUGGAUCAUACGGACCUUACUAUCCAUCGCGAGGAUACCAACAGCAUGGCGGCGAUCUGAAUCUCCCUCCAUAUUGUUCCAGCAUAGCUUGCUAUGUCCCUGCAUGCCAAGUCACAAGAUGUAGGAGAUACCCACAAGCUCGUUGUGUUGGUUUCUGCAAUGAAUGCGAGGCUCGAUUUUUUAUUGGAAGAGUCAACGUUACCCCCUACUGUGGAGGAUCCACACUCCCAGGAAAACAUCACAAGAAGUACUAGUCAUAACGGGCGACCUAUUUCUUUUUUAAUAUUUUUUUCAAUAAAUAUUUU